UCCAAUUGGGAUUCUGUGUCGCUGCAUCCAUUUUUGUGUAUUUAAGAUAUCCUGAAGAAUUAACAAACCUGGAUGAAAGCGAGAAGUGCGGAGGGACUCGACACGGAAACAAACGAGGUGGAUUCGACGUCUGUAUUAUGAGAUGCAAGAGAACUUUCCCAGGACGAUGAUAGCGAUGGGUUAGAUAGGAUUGUACACGAUGAUGGCAAAAUAAAAGCAUUAGUGUGUAAAGAUGUCUGCUCCAGUCGGGACCCGCAGCGGGCCUGUCCUGCCGGAGAUGCCCGACCUGAGCCACCUCACCGAGGAGGAGAGAAAGAUCAUCCUCGGUGUCAUGGACCGGCAAAAGAAAGAAGAGGAAAAGGAGCAGUCCAUGCUGAAGGUCAAAGAAGAUGCAAAAUCUCAGCCAGUCCAGUGGUUUCCCUUUAGCGGGAUCACUGAUCUGGUUAAUAAUGUUCUUCAACCCCAGACAAAGUCCCAAAACCAACCUCAAACAGAUCCUCCUCCAAAGGAGCCAGAGGCGAAAUUGCACCAGCAAUUUGAGAGUUACAAGGAUCAGGUGAAGAAAAUGGGAGAGGAAGCACAGACCAGCCAGGAACAGAAGGCCGACGCUCCCACCUGCGGUAUCUGCCAUAAAACCAAGUUUGCCGACGGCUGCGGCCACCUCUGUUCUUAUUGCCAAACCAAGUUCUGUGCACGCUGUGGGGGACGAGUUUCACUACGCUCCAACAAGGAGGAUAAAAUGGUGAUGUGGGUUUGCAACCUGUGCCGAAAACAACAAGAGAUCCUCACCAAGUCCGGGGCCUGGUUCUACAGCGGGGGUCCUGAGGCCACCCUGCCUUCGGGUGCGAGUGAUCCCCAUCGUCGCCACGAAGAGGCUCCACAAGAGAAGAAGGCCAAACUGCAGGAAGCUUCCCUUCUGUACCAAGGGCCGCCAGGGGACCGCACCAGAGGCCCAGGACUCCCUCGCCAGGCGUCCCUCAACAACGACACGCUGACCAACAGAAAAAGAAGCCCAUCAGCAACCAGGGAUCCAAACCAAAAAUACGACCAAAGGGAGGAGAAGGCGGAGCGUUCACAGUAUGCCCCAGGGCAGGGCAACAUGCCACGAUCGCCGUCUGACUAUGGGGCCGGAGAGCGCCAAUGGAGAGGAGGUUACGGCCGCACCUACGAGGACGCUGAGGUAGCGCGGGGGGCGUACCGCACUCGCCGGGGUGGCUGGCACUCUCAGGAAGAGUACCCGCCCGAACCCGGCUUCCUACCCGAUGGCCCGCCCCUCAGUGAGCACGAGCUGCAGCGCCAGCGGCAGGAGGAGUACCAGAACCGGUACCGUAGUGACCCGAACCUGGCCCGCUACCCGGUCAAGCCGCAACCCUACGAGGAGCAGAUGCGCAUGCACGCGGAAGUCUCGCGCUUCAGGCACGAACGGCGCCAUAGCGAUGUCUCCCUGGCUUACACGGAGAUGGAGGAGCCUCUGGGGCCCCUGCGCGGCCCCCACUACUCACCGGGUCCCGGACACACCCAGCGGAGGUCCAACCACAGCCCCCCAGGUGUGGACUCCCUUCACAGGCAGCAGCACCUGGAUCCUGUCUCAGCCGUAUGGAAGAGUAAACGAGAAAAGAUGGAAAGCAUGUUACGGAACGACUCGCUCAGUUCCGACCAAUCCGAGUCUGUCAGGCCGCCGCCACCUAAACCACACAAGUCCAAGAGGGGCGGCAAAAUGAGGCAGGUGUCUCUGAGCAGCUCCGAGGAGGAACUAGCCACAACCCCAGAGUACACCAGUUGUGAGGACGUGGAGAUUGAGAGUGAAUCCGUCAGUGAGAAAGGGGACAGUCAAAGGGGAAAAAGACAAACUUUUGAGCAGUCACACAUCUUAUCUGAGGGCCAAAAGAAAAUGGUGCGCUUUGGGGGCCACUCUUUGGAGGAAGAUGCUGAUUGGUGUGAACCCCAAGUUAAAGACUCGGGGGUUGAUACGUGCAGUAGCACGACCCUAAAUGAGGAACAUAGCCAUAGUGAGAAGCACCCGGUCGCAUGGCAGCCCUCCAAAGACGAAGAUCGACUCAUAGGCAGGAUUCUGCUCAACAAGCGGAUGAAGGAUGGCAGCAUUCCCCGCGACUCCGGAGCUCUUUUGGGACUGAAAGUGGUUGGGGGAAAGAUGACAGAGUCUGGUAAACUUUGUGCAUUCAUCACCAAAGUAAGGAAAGGGAGUUUAGCAGAUACUGUUGGACACCUCAGACCAGGUGACCAGGUCCUAGAGUGGAACGGCCGAAAGUUACAAGGAGCCACAUUUAAAGAAGUUUACAAUAUCAUUUUAGAAUCAAAGCCAGAGCCUCAGGUGGAACUAGUGGUCGCACGAACCAUUGGAGAUAUACCCAGGAUACCAGAAAGCACACAUUCACAACUGGAGUCCAGUUCCAGUUCAUUUGAGUCACAAAAGAUGGAUCGGCCAUCCAUAUCCAUCACGUCUCCCAUGAGCCCCGGCAUGCUGCGGGACGCCCCUCAGUAUUUAUCGGGACAGCUUACAAGCCAAAGCCUUAGUAGAAGAAUUGAGCCUUUUAACCCUAGAGUUCAGGUCAAACUGUGGUAUGACAAAGUCGGCCAUCAGCUCAUCGUCACCAUUCUGGGGGCGAAGGACCUGUCUUCAAGGGAAGACGGCCGACCGCGGAAUCCUUACGUGAAAAUCUACUUCCUCCCUGACAGAAGUUUGAAUAAUUGUUUCUCCAGUGACAAAAGCAAAAGAAGAACAAAAACGGUAAAGAAAUCACUUGAGCCCAAAUGGAACCAGACCUUUAUGUAUUCUCCUGUCCACCGGCGAGAGUUCAGGGAACGCAUGCUGGAGAUCACGCUGUGGGAUCAGGCCCGGGUGCGAGAGGAAGAGAGCGAGUUCCUGGGAGAGAUCCUCAUUGAGUUGGAAACAGCAUUGCUGGAUGAUGAGCCACACUGGUACAAACUCCAAACACAUGAUGUGUCAUCAGUGCCCCUACCCAAGAGCUCCCCCUGCCUGCAGAGAAGAGCACUGCAUGGAGACAGUCCCUCACGCAGACUGCAGAGGUCUCAGAGGAUCAGUGAUGGUGAAUUUUCAGACUACGACUGUGAAGAGGGCGUUGGUGUCGUAUCAGACUAUAGAAACGGCCGGGACCUUCAGAGCUCCACCCUCUCUGUGCCUGAGCAGGUCUUAUCGUCCAAUCAUUGCUCACGAUCAGCAGACUUCAAUCGGGCGCGAUCACGGUCACCCAGCGUGCCCCCUUCUCAGAGUCAUUUUCUCACCUUACCUCGAACCCGACACAGUCAGCCUCAUGACAGUCAGCUGGAGGAGCUCAGGAAUUACGGAGCGUCAGACGGACACGACUAUCAUCACAGGUCCCGUUCUGCAGACCAGCGGGCCGCACUAGAGCGUCCCAUGUACAGUCGCUCUCGCUCCACGGAGCGGCCGCCCGACGUCCCUCACUUGAGGUCUUCAAUGCCCUCCCUGCCGUCAGGACACUCCGCACCACCUUCCCCUGCCUUAUCGAGGGCACAUCCUCGUGGUGGAUCGGCUCAGACCAGCCCCACUGACACACCUGUAAACAGCAGGAGAGGACGACAGCUACCACAACUGCCUGCCAAAGGAAUGCUGGAAAGAAGUGCUGUGGAUGUCGAGGAACGAACGCGGGAGAUGAAGCUGAAGAUGAACAAGUAUAAACAAGGAACAGGUUCAGACUCCAGGCUGGAACAGGAUUAUCACUCCAAGCGUUCAGGCAGGGACCCUCAUCGAGGAGAAAACCUCUCGGCCAAAUCUUCGGACAGUGAUGUUAGCGACGUGUCCGCUGUGUCGAGAACCAGUAGCGCAUCUCGAUUCAGCAGCAUGAGCUACAUCUCUGUCCAAUCAGAACGGCCGCGGGGAAGCCGAAAGAUCAGCAAAGCAAUGCCGGGGCGGAGCCUCUCCGGGGAGGGGGAGGAGUUUGUUGGGGAGGCGUUACAGGAGGAGGAGAGGGAGGAGAAGAGAGAUGGGUGGAGGGUAGGUAAAGGGAGGAGACGGACAGAUAGUGUAGAUAGGGAAGAUGCUGAGGAGGAGGAGCCUGAAGAGGGCGUGGCCCAGAGGACGGUCUCAGAGAUGGACCUCAGUGAAUUUACAUCCAAAAUGAAACACAGGCAAAUGGGAGCGGCGCCCGGCGGCAACAUGACCAAGAGCACCAGUAUCGGAGGGGACAUGUGCAGUCUGGAGAAGACCGACGGCAGCCAAUCGGACACAGCCGUGAGUCUGGUGGGAACCGUUGACAAGAAGCGACGCUCCAGCAUUGGCGCCAAGAUGGCGGCAGUCGUGGGGUUGAGUCGAAAGAGUCGCAGCGCCUCCCAGCUCAGCCAGACAGAAGCAGGAGGAAAGAAGCUUCGCAGUACGAUUCAAAGGAGCACGGAGACGGGUCUGGCCGUAGAGAUGCGAAGCCGAAUGACCCGGCAGGCCAGCCGUGAAUCCACCGAUGGCAGCAUGAACAGCUACAGCUCGGAGGGGAAUCUCAUCUUCCCUGGUGUAAGACUCUCCUCUGACAGCCAGUUCAGUGAUUUCCUGGAUGGACUUGGCCCCGCCCAGCUUGUGGGAAGACAGACGUUAGCCACACCCCCUAUGGGUGACAUUCAGAUCGGGAUGGUGGAAAAGAAGGGAGCGCUAGAGGUUGAGGUUAUCCGAGCCAGAGGCCUUGUUGGAAAACCAGGUUCUAAAUCACUGCCAGCCCCUUAUGUGAAAGUGUAUCUACUGGAGAACGGCGCCUGUAUAGCCAAAAAGAAAACAAAAGUAGCACGAAAAACGCUGGACCCACUUUACCAGCAGCAGCUGUCAUUCGAAGAGGCUCCAGGAGGGAAAGUUGUACAGAUCAUUGUGUGGGGAGACUACGGCCGUAUGGACCACAAGUCUUUCAUGGGAGCUGCUCAGAUUCUCUUAGAUGAUCUGGACUUGUCCAACCUGGUUAUCGGCUGGUUUAAGCUGUUUCCUCCCUCUUCACUGGUCGACCCAACCUUGGCUCCGUUGACCAGAAGAGCUUCCCAGACGUCUCUCGACAGCGGGUCUGGCCCGUUCGGUCGCUCGUAGCAGAUUUCUUAAAUUUAGCAUUAUUGUAGCAGCCAUCGAGCGGAGAUUGAGAUUUGCGACAGGUCCCGUUUCCCCGGUAACACUGCAUGCUUGAUGUUGUGUGUUCAGAGCUCGUUUCUUAGGGGUGAUUAAAGCGGUCCUGUUUUUACUCGCAAAAAAAAGUCGCACACAUUGUGCGCAAAAGAGCACCCACUAGGCUAGGGGUGAGACAGGUGAACGAAGCCGGAAAUGGGCUCAGUAGCUUGAAGAAAAACACAGUUCCUGCUUUUAGAACCUUUUCGAAGCCAUCAGAAAUGGGUCUUAACUUAGAACCUAUCGGGUUCUUCAGAAGCCCUUUUUGAAAUGGGGUGAAAUGUUCUCUUCGACUUUUUGUUUUCCAUUUCAUUCAUGUUUGUUUUAAUGUUGAUGAAUUUGUACGUACAUGGGCAAACAGUGUUUCUUUCCAGAGACUGGGUCAAGCCAUGCCAACAGACUCAGAAGUGUACACAAGAAUAUAACAUGGGAUUGAGCUUUGAUAAUUUCGCCUCACUCCCCAGAUAGGAUUCUGCUAGAUCAAUACGGAGAUGAAAUGUACGUUAGAAUCAUCAUGAAGAACUUUUAAGAUCAAAAUGAAUUACUUCUCUUGAUACUGUAUGAAACCUAAACUUUUUUUGCAUGGACACGACUUUAGCUGAACUGGAAAAAAAAUUCGAUGGAAAAUACAAAAUGUUUUCUUGAGACUGCUACUUGCAAAAAAAGACGACAAGAGAAAAGGAAAAAACGAACCGGAUCAGCCAUUUUCAACGAUUUCUAUUAUUUUUAAAGAUAACUUUCACUAGUGCAUGGUUUUCAUGGGGGAGUGAAUGCUACAGUGUGAUUUCAAAAACAUUCGUCCUGUAGACCGUUUAUUGGUCUUCGCUGUAUUUUACAGACAUGAAGAGCUUAACAUUUUAUUUACAGUGAAGAAUCUGUUCAUGUGACAAAGAUGUUAAAAAAUGAAAUGAUUUAGUAGUGUAAAGGCGUAAGCCUUAUGAAGGUAAAGAUUAUGUGCAAAUUGUACAUGUUUCUCUACUUCUCCCUUGUCCCAGGGUAAAUACUGUACUUAUUGCUUCCGUUGUCCGAUUUCUCCCACUAUUGUUCCCAAUCUUUUUUCAUGUUCCGGGCUGUUCAUGUUCGGACGGUUUCAGCCUGCAUAUUGUUUGAAGUUCAUUCGUUUAACAAGCAUGUUGAAAAGGGGUUUUGGCGACAUGGCUUGGGCACAUCUUACAGUAACUCAGCAUGUUUCGAUUAAGACGAUAUUUGGAGAAAAACAACAGUUUCUCGUGCAGUGCAUGUCGAUGAUGAUCCUUUUACCCCUGAAUUCAGUUUAUGAGAAAGUUAGACAGCGGUCUCAUGAGGGCCGGAAGGGCAAAGUUCCGAACGAACAUUCCACCUUGUAAACUCAUACUUUGUUGAAAAUUUCAAGGAAAAAGUGACCAGGGAUUUUUAUAUCUUUACGGAAGCUGCAGUGUUCCUGACAAAAGAGCCCAAUGUUUCACGAGAUCUUUACACUGGAGGUGACUGCAGCCGACGGACUUUCGCAGUAUUGUACUGUGCAGUUUUCCAAGCAUGAUGCUGUCUGAAGAGAAAUGCACACUGGGACGAUGAUAUUGCCACACGAUAUACCUUUUGUUUUUAUUUCUUUGUUUUUCCAGAAAGUAGAAGUCAUUUAAUAUAUUUUUGUUAGUUUAUUUACGAGCCAAAACCUAUUUAUUUUUUAUUUUCUAUUUUUAGUAAUAAUCAGAGCUUCUUGUAUCUUGGAAGUAUGACACGGUUAAAAUGCCUGAAUGGGAAUAUACACGGAGACAUUAUACCUCUUCCAAUUAAAAACAUUAUAACACAAUUCUGCGUUUUUGUGAUUUAUCAAAAUGUAUUUUUCUUCGGUAACAAACUUUGUCUACAUAUGAUUUCUGUGAACAUCUGUUAUGUCAUAUUGUAAUAGGAAUCCUAUGGACACAAACUUGUCUAGAUAGAUGUUUUGGAAGUGGGAUAAUGUCUCAUGGUGUCUCUUUCAAAUGCCUUCUCUCUUUAUUAUGAUUCAUUAUUAUUUCUUUAUUUUUUGUUGGUGCAAUGUGUUAAUUGUCCAAGGCUAUGUCUUGGUCAAGUAUGGUUGAGUACAGAGAUUUAUGUAAGUUAUUUUUCAAAUUAAAAAAUAAAAAAUGGAUAUUACACUGGAAA